AAAAUUAAAGUGUUUAAAUGUUUUAAAAGUAGAGUGUGCCCAAAGCCAUCGCGACUGCGGAAGUGUGUGUGCGUGUGAAAGUGUAAAGAAAUCGUUUGGUCGCAAGACACCUACACACAGACCCCCACACACGCACACACUCCAAAAUAGUCAUGUAUUAAAAUCUCCAGCGAAGCAACCAAGAAAAUGACUGAUGUAAAUUGUCUUACAAGAGAGCACAUUGCAACAACAACAACGAGUGCAGCAGUAGAAGCAACAGCGGCGGAAGCUGCCGAAACCACGAGUCCGCCCAGAACUCCCACCGGAAAUGGAUUGCAGCAACUGGAGCUAGAGCCCACGUCCCCAUUUGUGCUGCGAGCACCGCCCAGUGCCAAGUCCAAGCUCAUCCUGCAGAACAUGGAGGAGGUCCUCUACUCGGUGAAGAAGAAGCAUCGCGAGAAGCACAAGCGGAAGCGCGAGGAGAAACGCCGUGCCGCCCUGCUGGCCGAAGCCGAAGAGAGGCCACCAGGAAUGGAUGUCAGGGAGUCAAAGCCCCAGCCGUUGAGAGAAAAGGUCGCCCAGGAAAACGGCCUGAAGAAUGGCAAGCGGAAGUCGAGUCCCCUCAAGUGCAGCACCCCCGUGGCCGAACACCAGAGCAUACUGAAGCACUUUUCCAAAGCUGGGAAGCCAGAAAAUGGGGCAACAGCUCCGCCAGCCAAGGCCAAAAGUGCCACUAAUGUAUUCGAGUUCAUGAUGAAUGCCAGAAACCGAUCCAUAGGCGUCAACGAUGGUGGCAAGGAUGCCUCCGAGUCCCCUGCCGAUCUGGCAGAGGAUCCUGCUGCAGGCACUGCGACAUCCAAGCGCAAGCAAUUGCUGCAGGAGUGGAACGAACGCAAGGGAGGAGCCAAACGGCGACUGCAAGAAGAAGCGAGGGAGGACUACAUUGAGGAGCAAAUGGACCAGAGGGCCAAGAGAUUGAAGAAAAUGCUGACGACAAAGACUGAGCCAAAGGAGCUACCAGCCGCAUCGUCGGCUCCUACAGUUCCCGUGAAACGAGGUCGGGGUAGGCCCCGGACACGCCGGAUCAGCUUAGUGGAUGUGGAGGUGGUCAGUGUGGAUGCCCAGAACGCGGACACGACGGAAUUCCUAGCAAAGCUCUCCUCUCCCACCAAGAAGCGGGACAGUCUGUUGGGCUACUUUCCCAAAGUGGAGUCGCCGAAAGAAUUGCCCGUGACGAUAGCAACCCCCCCAAUGGACACACCAAAGCGGCGACCGCAGCGUAAGAAAAGCAUUGUGGAGACGGUAUCCAUCGAUGUGGAAUCAACGGGUACACCUCCGGGGCGACCGCGUCGCUCUUGUGCGGGAAAGUCUCGAUACGACUACGACCUGGAGACGAGCCCCGCAAAGCAAAGCAAAAGCGAGGCAGCUGCCGCAGCAAAAAAGAGCCAAAAAGCGGAGGAAUCAUCCAUUGAGAUCAUUGAUCUGGACAGCAGUAAUCCGGUGUCCACACCAAAGAAGCUGGCGCCGCUCUUUGUCCGGCAGCUGCCUAAGCCCAGUCCGGAUCCAUCUGUCCUCAAGGCUCGUCAGGCAUUCCUCCAAUCAGGCGUGCCCGAGCAGAUCAGGCAGGAGCAGAGCCGGCAGAAGAACUUUGAGCAGUACUACGAGGAGAGCUACGAGGCAUUUCCCAGCAUAGCCCACGUGGGCUGUGAGAGCUAUGAAACGAUACAGGGACCUUGUGUGGGACUUCCCUUUUCACUGAGAAAAGAAGAUGACGGGGAGGUGGUGUCUCUGCCAUCUGGCAAGAGGCGUUCCAAGGCAAGUAGCUUCACCAAUUGCCAGGCAUCGGACUGGCAUCAAGCCUACAACAAGAGUACAAACAAGGUGGCAUACACGACCCUGCCGCAGCUGGACAACAAGCGGGCUUUUGUGAAGCUCUGGAAGAACGAGUUCGAGCGCUUCCCCACCUUCAAGUGCUACAACCAGAUGAGGGAGAAGUACCGCCACUUCAGCGCCAUCGAUUCCGCCCAGGACACGCAACAGAUGGGCGAAUCGUUUGUCGUCACCAGGCGGACACUGCGCUCGAUAGAACAAUUCGAUCACGGCAGCACGGAGGAAGCCCAGCCCCCGCUCUCGGCCCCGAAUGGAGAGCUCCUCUUCACCGAAAAGUAUAAGCCACUGCUGUUUGAACAAGUCUUGGUCAAUCUGACGCCAGUGCACGAGCUGCGAGAGUUCCUCUCCGGCUGGAAUGGCAACGGCGGCCGUAGCUCGCAGACCUUCGACGACUCCUCCUUUGACUUUGGCAACGACUCCAGCUCGGUGGGGGCCAACAGCAACACCAUGGUCCUGGUGGGCCCCUCAUCGAGUGGGAAGACCAACGCUGUCAUCGCCCUGGCAAACGACAUGAACUUCAAUGUGCUGGAGAUCAAUGCGGGGAUGAAGCGGACGGGCAAGAAGCUCAUCCAGGAGCUGCAGGAGGCCACGCAGUCGCAUCAGAUACGCAAGGACAGCAAGAUGGGGGGUGGAUCCUCCCAGCAGCUGCUGCAGAAGCUACAAAAGAGUGGCCUCAAGGCCAAGAAGCAGCAGCUACAGCAGCAACAGCAGGGGGAUCCAGCGGGCGUGGAGCCUGUGCGGAAGUCGCUGAUUCUCAUCGAAGAUGCGGACAUUCUGUUCGACAACAUGGACGCGGGUUUCACAGAUGCCAUCUACACGCUGGCGGCCAGCUCGAAGCGGCCCGUGGUGGUGGUGGCCUCCGACCCAAACUGCGCCCAUCUGCAGCGGCUGAUGCAGCAGAACCAGAUCCACUUCCAGGCCCCUAAUGCCCUGAAUAUCUCACGAUUCCUGGCUGUGCUGGCUCUCAUGGAGAACUGUCCUAUCGAGCUGGACGAGCUGAUAUCCCUGUAUCUGUACAACCAACAGAACCUGCGCAAGACCCUCAUGGAGCUGCAGUUCUACAUCCAAAGUGGCGGCGACCUGAAGGGCCAGCAGUCACAGUCUUUAAAGCAGUCCCCCGGCAAAUCCUCCACACGCCUGGCCACUGUGGAUAGCUGUCACAUACACCAGCGUCUGUUUGAGUUCUUCACUUGCUCCCAGAAUGUUCAGCAUCGGAUUCCCUUUCCCGUGGACUUUCGUCUGCUGCGCCUGAAUCUCUCCGAGCUGAUGGCCACAUCGCCUCUGCUUAAAGAACAGCAGCCGCCUGCCGCCGCCACUAGGGCCAAUGCCAAGAGGAAGUCUCGCUCCCCGAAGAAGGCCUGGCUAAGCAGUGCCACCAGCCAGCGGAACAGCGAGGAGUGCUCUCCGCUCGCCACUCUGGCCGCCUUCUACGACAACAUCUCGCUGGCCGCCCUGAUGGAUGCCAACCAGGACUGCUGCGAUCGCCUGCAGCUGUACCUGUCGGAGGACAUCUCCCAUAUGCUGGUGGAGCAGGCUCUCACUGGCCUGGCGGCCAAGGAGUGUGCCUACAACCUGUUCGACAAGCCAGCACAAAGGGUGAGCAUCGGCGAGCACCUGGGCAUUGGGCAGCUGCGCUCUGCCUCCUCCAAGGCCCUCGACUAUGAGCCCGUGCUGCGCUCCAUUUGUCGCAGCGAGAAGGAGCGCGUGGGCCAGGAGCGCAAGUCGAGUCGUUUCUAUCACUACCUCCGCAAUCACACGGUAAACGUGUCUAACUUCGCCACGGAUACCUUCGACUCUGCGUGCAGUGUAUUCCAAGAUAUCUCAGCGGGGGCUGCUCCCCCAGCGGAUCAGGACGACUCGGGACGAAAGGAUCAUUCAAUAGUCUAGCAUAAUUGUUGGUUGAAUCUGUAAUUGCAAUUUAUUUGAUCGAGGUAUGCAGAGUUCUUAGAUCUUCUUAGGCUUAGGCGAUGGCGAGUUUUGUUUGCUUAGCUCUAAAUGCGGAUGGGAUGAGAGAGGUCGUAUCCUAGCUAAACGUUAAUUACACUAAUUAAUUAUGUUAAUAAAUCAAUUAUUUGACCUUUAA